CUGCUUGACGCAGCCAAUUACCCUUAGGGAAGACAUAUUUCCUGUUGUAUGUCAUCGUCAGGCGACUUCUCGCGCGCCAGCCGGUGACCUACCAGAUAGACCAACCGGACUCGUGCGUCUUGUGCUUUACCGCUGACGGUUUCUUCGUACUCCCAGAGGAAAACAGCGAGUACCACCCCCUGUUCCAACGUAAAGACGUGCUGCACCUCAUCGACAGCGUACACGAAGACACUGUCGCGCACUUGAGCACCGAGCACACCCGUGCGUUGAUGCGGGGCACAUGUGGCAAGGUCAUCCUCACCACAUUCUUGCCAGACAGCCUGGGCCUCGACAUCGAAUGGUUGCCUGAGUAUGAUGUCUCGGUUCGGCAGCGGAUGAAACCUUGCACAUUUGACGAGAUCUUCGCCAUGAGUGCUCUUACGUCAGGCCAGGAUGAUGUCAAGUCCCUACGAUGGUCGUACAUCCAUUUCGGGUCUAAUGCACGUUCCUGUCUGGAAGCAUCUCGCCAUUCCAGCGACGCUGAUCAUUAUCUCCAUGAACUCGAGCAUGCCCACGAUAAUUUUUGGAGCAUGCAACCCGCACUGCGCGAACAAGAAGCUCGAUACAGCCGUAACCUCUUCGCCGUCGAAUCUGGACAAAGCUGCGCCUACCCCGUGUCGCAGGUCGCCAGCAGGCUCCUCGCAGACGAGGUCGCCUCCAUGGGCUGCCUCGCUGCACAGGAGAUUACUGAUCACCUCCUUAAAUUCGAGGAUACGAAACAGGCAGGCGAAAUAUUCUAUCGUCAUGCCGUGGGGCUUUCGAGCUCAGGGCGUCCAGAUGUGCAGGGACAUUGCCAUCCGGCAAAUGAGCAAUUUGUGUUGCGGAAAAAAAGUCAUGUGGCGCCCAAGGACCAGCGGGCAAUGCCCUCGAGCCAUUCAUACUCCACUCAAUGCGAACUUGCGAUGCUUGCGGAGAAUUUCCCGCAAAUCCUCCUCUCUCCAAAACAUGCGCUCGUGCAUCCAGGCAUUGAUGCGGUCAUGUUCGACUCCAGCACGUCGACGGUGUGGCUCGUGCAGGUGACGCACGGAUCCCAUCGCCCAGUCUCCCCCCUUGGUCUUCUUUUCCUACUGGACGCUGUACGUGGCAGCCCUUACGAACCGUCCCCACAUCACCCAUGGCAGUUUGUCUUCGCCACAAGGGAGCAGUCUCCCAAAAUUUUCCUCCAGCUCAGUGGCAAGAAACGAACACAGCACUUUUCUAUGUUCUUCUGGAGGCCACGCAUCAAGCCAUUUAUCAUGCAGCUGCGCGACACGGAUUGCGAUGUCCACUCUUCGGGCGACCCGGCGUAUGAGCAGUGGGGUUUCCCUUGUAAAGCUCCGCUGAAGAGCUCGCCUGGCCUCCCUCGGCGCCUUGCAAACUUGCUGACGCACCUCGUUCCAAUUCCCCGGCACACAACGGAAUCCAACUAUGUGGUCCAGGACAAGAUGGCGUCGGAAAUUCAAGGCGCCAUUAUACGAGACUCGGGCGUGCCCGGAGCUCAGUUGCUAGGAGAUAUGACAAGAGAGCAGCAGCUGGGCCCGGUCGACCACUAUGUGCGGGAUGAAGAUUAAUAGCUAAGGGACUCUGAGAGAUGGAGAGAGGUAUAUUGAUGAGUGCGAAAAUCGAGUGCUUACUUAUAGAAUCCUUGUGACUGGUAUUCUAAUAUCCAUGAAUUCUGAUUUGCCAUCA